AUGGCCAUGGAGGGGGAAGGACGGGCGAUCGGGAUUGAUCUAGGCACGACGUACUCGUGCGUGGCAGCAUGGCAUCACAACCGCAUCGAGAUCAUAGCAAACGAUCAGGGCAAUCGCACCACGCCCUCUUACGUCGCUUUCACUGACAACGAGUGUCUCGUCGGUGAAGCUGCCAAGAAUCAAGUCGCCAGUGCUCCAACUAACACAGUGUUUGAUGCAAAGAGGCUGAUUGGCCGUAAAUUCAAUGAUCCAAUGGUUCAGAGUGACAUGAAACUAUGGCCAUUCAAGGUCAUUCCUCAUCCCACCGACAACAACAAGCCUAUGAUCGUAGUAACAUAUGAAGGAGAGGAGAAACAUUUUUCAGCUGAGGAGAUAUCUUCAAUGGUGCUCUCCAAGAUGAAGGAUGUCGCCGAGGCCUAUCUUGGAUCGUCUGUGAAGAAUGCUGUCGUCACCGUGCCUGCCUAUUUCAACGACUCUCAGCGUCAGGCCACCAUGGCGGCUGGAACCAUUGCCGGCCUCAACGUUGUAAGGAUCAUCAACGAGCCUACUGCUGCAGCAAUUGCAUACGGUCUAGACAUAGGGGGUAAUAAUGUGGCUAAGAAUGUGCUGAUAUUUGAUCUAGGUGGUGGCACGUUCGAUGUGUCUGUGGCCACGAUUGAGGCGGGUAUCAUUGAGGUGAAGGCUAUUGCCGGUGAUACUCAUCUUGGAGGUCAAGACUUUGACAGUAGGAUGGUGAACCAUUUUGUGAAAGAGUUUGAAAGGAAGAAUGGCAAGGACAUUAGCAUGAACCCGAGAGCUAUUAGGAGAUUGAGGAGUGCUUGUGAAAGGGCCAAGAGGAUGCUUUCCUCCACUUCCCAAACUAAUGUUGAGAUUGAAUCUUUGUUUGAGGGGAUUGAUCUGUUUUCGACUAUCACUCGUGCUAAAUUUGAUGAGCUCAACUUGGAUUUGUUCAACAAGUGUAUGGAACUGGUUGAGAAAUGCGUUAGUGAUGCAAAGAUGGAGAAGAGUAGCGUGGAUGAAGUGGUGCUGGUGGGCGGGUCGAGCAGGAUUCUGAAGGUGCAGGAGAUGUUGAAGGAGAUUUUCAGUGGGAAGGAGGCGUGCAAGACCAUUAAUCCAGAUGAAGCUGUGGCUCAUGGUGCUGCAGUGCUGGCUGCCAAGUUGAGUGGUGAAGGCAACGACACGGUACAAAAGCUCGUUCUUUUGGAUGUUUCUCCAUUAUCCCUUGGCGUUGGACUUGAUGGAGAUCGGAUGUGCGUAAUUGUUCCGAGGAAUACAACUAUCCCAACGAGAAAGUAUCAUGAUAAUAUUCACACGGCGAAAGACAAUCAGAUCAGUAUAGGUUUUCCGGUGUAUGAGGGCGAAAGAAGCAAGGGGACAGACAACAAUCUGCUAGGUAAGCUCGAACUCUAUGGCAUUCCAGCAGCGCCAAGAGGUGUUGAUAAAUUCAAAGUGUGUUUCGACAUUGAUGAGAAUGGAAUCCUGAAAGUGUCGGUGGAGCACAUGGGGACGGGAGUGAAGAAGGAGAUCAGCCUCACCAACUACAAGGACAAGGGCAGGCUGUCUGAGAAAGAAAUAGAAAAAAUGGUGAAAGAUGCAGAGAAGCACAAGAGGGAGGAUGAGGAGUUUAGGGAGAUGGCUGGUGCAAGGUAUGCUUUGGAGAACUACGCCUACGACAUGAGAAACAACACCAGAUGUGCAGCUGGGAUGGCAGCAGCCGACAAGAAGAAGAUAGACAAUGCUUUUGAAUCUACGGUGAAAUGGUUGGAGUCAAACAAACUUGCAAAGGUUGAUACUUUGAAAGAGAAGUUGGAGGAGCUUAAGCUGAUCUACGAUCCCAUCGUUGCCAAGAUGCAGCAUAGUCCCAGUUCAAGUAGUAUCAAGAAGUGGAUUAAGAGUGUAAUGCCAUGA